UCUUCCGUCACGUCUCCUCGCGCCCGCCCCUCUGGCGGCUGGAGGGGGAGGAGCUACUGUUGCCGAAGCUUCCUGGGAGGAAGGAAGAGAAGAGAAGAGAAGAGAAGGGGAGAAGGAAGGGAGGCCCCGAGGUGGCCCAGCGUUGCGAGGGGACUCCGAGCCGAGGGAGGCCGGGCUGCCAGGCCAAAGAUGGAGCACCUCCAGCAGCAGCAGCCUCAGCAGCCGGCCAGUCGGUACCAAGUGCUUCAUAAUGAAGAUGAUCCCUCAGAAUCCUCAGUGGUUGAACAACCAUCCACCUCUACGGAAAAUGCACCAGCUUCUCAAACAGAGGCAUCUUUACCCGAAGCAGAUACUUCACCUCCACCUUAUUGUAGCAUUGCUGCAGAAGCAGCUGCAGCAUCAGAAAUUGAAUCACCUAAUGAAUAUUACCCUGUGCCACCUCCAUACAGUGUAGCUACCUCUCUUCCCACUUACGAUGAAGCAGAGAAGGCCAAAGCUGCAGCAAUGGCAGCUGUUGCGGCGGAAGCAGCAGCCCAAAGACACGGCCAAUUUAGGGAAUCUAGGAGUCUGUUUGAUGAAAUAUUCCUGAGUCCUCCUGAGGAAGAAGAGUAUCCCCCAAGGGAUGAUUUCAGUGAUGCAGAUCAGCUCCGUGUUGGUAAUGAUGGAAUCUUCAUGUUGGCCUUUUUCAUGGCAUUCAUUUUCAACUGGAUUGGAUUUUGCUUAUCAUUCUGUAUAACUAACACCAUAGCAGGAAGAUAUGGCGCCAUCUGUGGAUUUGGACUGUCCUUGAUCAAGUGGAUACUUAUUGUUCGAUUUUCAGAUUACUUUACUGGGUAUUUCAAUGGACAGUACUGGCUUUGGUGGAUAUUUCUUGUACUUGGUCUCCUCCUGUUUUUCCGAGGUUUUGUUAAUUACCUGAAAGUCAGAAAUAUGUCCGAAAGCAUGGCAGCUGCUCAUAGAACAAGGUUUUUCUUCUUGUACUAGAGACUGCAUCGCCAGACAUUCCUUUCUCGUACCAAUGUGAACUUCCAGCCAAUCUGUAACCUUCCAAGUGCAUAGGGGAAGAUGACUACUAGAAGAAUAAAAAGACAAAUUCAGAGCAGGAUCUAUUUGCCGCUUAGUGUGAAUGACAGGGUGGUGUGUGCUAAAGUGCCAUUUCUGUUCAUUCUAGUAAAUAUUUAUAUUAAGCAAUGCCUUUUGUCUUGCACAUACCUAUGUGCUAAUCAAUUAACAAGAACUUUGAAAAAGAAUAAAGUUUGUGCAUAUAGUCUGCUAAGCCGUUGAAUACAGACAGAUUUGGCUAUCUAAUCUGUGUUUGAAUCUGGGAGAUUUUAAAGUGGGAGCUUGUUUUCACAGUGUUAUGUACGAUAUCCACUUCCUGGGCUGAUGCUUUUUGUUGGGUACAAACAGCUUGUACCAAAUGACUCAUAGUAAACCACUUGGACUCUGUUCGUAUGUAAAUUGCGCUCAUCCAAUUAUGCACAUAGGACAUAUUUUAUCACCUAGUUUGUAGUUCUAGAAAUGCAUGUUUUUUUAAAAAAGCAUUUUAUCAAAGGCUGAUCAAGGUUGUCCACGCAUACCUCUCGCAGUGUUCUCAUCACUGUGAAUUUGCUUUUUCCCCUAUAUAAACAUAUGCAAUAUCAGCCUUAAUUGCUGCCAUUCUAAAGCCUGUACUAGGAAGUUUCUCCCCUGCAGCUCCUUUUUAACACUGCUCUGGUAGUAUACCAAACCAGAAGAUAUAAAUUGGAGACAUGGGAUCACAGAGUUUGCAGUGGAAUUAUUGGGGCUCUCCCACAUUUCUGUCUUGACAGAAAACAAAAGAGCCCCUCUGACGUGAUAGCCAUGCCACACCCAGAACAAUAAAAUCCACUUUUGUAUUUGCAAAAAGAUGUGUGCAAACUACCACUAUUUCCCAGUUGUACACAGCCACAGCUGUUCUGAUACAUUUUUCCGAUCGGAUCUGCUUCCUGUUUUGCAGCUAGAUAGUUUGAUUUAGUAGGAGUCUUGCAAGAAAGUGUUAGGCACAAAUCUGUAAGGAGCCAAAAGGAUUAAGUUGUGCACCUGAACAAAAAAAAAAGUCUUCUGAUUUCCUGGUCUAAUUUUAAGCCCUAGUUUGGUGGAAGAACCUUAUUUCCAUGCUCAUCAUCUCAUUAGAAGGCCUAGCAUCCACACUUGCUAGCCCAAUCCUGCACUUUUCUUAGCUAGGUGGACCUCUGCUUGACUCUUUCUCCUUUCCCACCCAGUCUUACUGCCAUCAGGUGUAACUGGAGAUAGAAGUGUGUGUUCUCCAAGUACUCCAGCUGCAUAGCCACCUUGCCGCUUGAUGUUUUUAAGGAAGUCUUGCUCAGUUCUAAUUGAAAGGAAUGGAAAUGGCAUGGCAGCAUUCGCAGCGGGUUAGGAAAGGAUGAACAACCUGGAUUUUCAUCUUGGAGCAUCAAUUUUCUAUGUCAUUACAUUAUGUGAAGAUAUUUAUAUAUCCAUUUAUUAUUUAAGGGGUAGCUCAAAUGGCUUUAAGAAGUUAUUCAUUAUGCUUUCCCAAUGGGAAUGAAGCAGAAUUUAGGUAAAUUGCUACAAGCACAGUUUCAUUUUUUCCUCCCUGAUAGCAAUGCACAUAAUAGUACUGAUGUUCCUUUUCAGCUGAGAAAUACAUCUGGGGCUUUCUGGGGAGGCAGUGUGAAUCAGCACCCGUGUAGCUUCCUCCAAACAUCUCUGGGACUUUGCACUGUGGGAUGGAGGGAGAGGAUAUCUCUGAAAUAUCUGCAACAACUCUCAUCUCAGUUUGCUGCCAAUCACUUAUCACCUCGCCUCUUGGGAGUGGGAAAUGCAUAUGCAUUCUUCUGUUUUAUUUCUUAAUUUGAUCUCUUGCGUUUUUAAUACUAACAUGUAGAGGAAUUAUGUGUUGUCUUAUUUAGUGCUGUAUCCAAUUUUGUAUCUAUUGUAUGCACAAGGAUAACAGUUUAUAUUCUUUAAUAUUUCAGGAUUACUUAAAAAAACAUGCAAGAUUUUAAGUGCAAAUGCCCAUCCAUGCUUUUCAUGAAAACUAAUGAGUUCUUAAGUUUCUUUUUGAAUUUGUAUUUUUCUAUUCUUUUCCCUCCCUCCCUCCUUCCCUCCCUUUCUUCCUUUGUUUUCCUUCCCUCUUCAUUGUUUGUUCUCACGAGAGACAAGUGAAUAAAUUGUUUUGUUUUGGAAUAAA